AUGGCAGCAACCAAAUAUACUGGACAAGGCUCGCCCGAUAUCCGUAGCAAAUAUAUACCAACAAACGAGCACAUCUUCCGGAGUCCUUACGGCCCAUUCCCUAAGGUUGACGAGAAUCUGAACGUGCACGAUUUCUUGUUUCCACAGGAUGUGCCACUAGCAGCCGACUAUGACCUGUUCAUUGACGCCAACAACGGGAAUAAAGUAACACUACAUCAAUUCUACCGCCGAGUGUGCGCGCUCUCGCGUGCAUUGCGUCAUGAUGGGCCUAAUCCAGUCAGACUUGGGCCAUCCCCUCGAAGCGAUAGGGAGGAUGGAGAGAUCUUGGGCGUUUUCUCGAGAAACCACCUGACAUGGCCAUUGAUCGCGCACUCGUGUUUUCGAGCCGAACUGGUGUUUGGUGGCAUAAGCCCGAACUCUACUCCAUAUGAGCUCUACCACAUCAUGCGUAAGAUGCAAGUCACUUCGGCUGUCGUUCAUGAAUCACUUCUUCCAGUGCUCCAUGAAAUGUUGAGAAAUGGGCAACAACUGGGCGAUGAUAGCAACCUGAUCUUCAUAUUGGAGCAAAAGAAGAUCAUCGUCAUAUCCGACGACCAAACCCUGGACUAUGUUGAAGGGUAUCCAACUGUGGAAUAUUUAGUUCGGCAGGGAGAGCGGAUGCCUAACCAUAGUGUCAAACUCCAGGGAGGAAACAAUUUAUGCUACUUAUUUCAGUCAUCUGGCACUUCUGGAUUUCCAAAAGCCAUGAUGAUUUCGCAUAAGAACGCGAUCCACACGGCGAUGCAGGGUAUGAUAACUGCAUUCAAAACAGCUCAGUUUCUUCGUGUCCCUCCAACGCAUUCAGUUGUCCUAGGAAUUGUGCCCGCAUAUCACUCCUUCGGCAUGAUCCUCUGGACACUCCGUGUCAAUCUUAGUUCAUCGACUAGUAUCCUGAUGUCCAAAUGGAAUUUGGAACAGGCUCUCCAACUUAUACAAAAGUAUAAGGUUACCUCACUGCCUCUUGUUCCACCCCUUGUGAGACAGCUGGCUCAAUCGCCGCUCACAGGCAAGUAUAAUCUUUCCUCUGUGGUGGCAGCUGGCAGCGGGGCGGCAUACUUGCCUCCAGACGUUGCACGCGCAUUCGGCCGCAAACUGCCUGCGAAGACUCCGAUUCCUUCCGGGUAUGGACUCUCUGAGGCUGUAUCAAUUGCCAGCCCAAUCCCGGAAGGAAUGUUUGGUCUUUCAGUGUCUAAUCCCGGAACCAUUGGGCACCUGCUCCCUGGUGUUGAAGGCCGCAUCGUCGAUCCUGACACUCUGAAGCCGGUUCCCAAAGGAGAAAAGGGCGAAUUAUGGGUUCGAGCCAACGUAGUCACGCCUGGUUACUUUCGCGAUCCGAAAGCGACUGCGGAAUUGUUCGCAGAGCCGGAAUGGCUUAGGACUGGCGAUCUUAUCAUGCGGGAUGCAGAAGACAGACUACAUUAUCUUGAUCGUCUCAAGGAGAUGAUCAAGGUUAAAGGACUUCAGGUGGCGGCAACGGAAGUGGAAGACACGCUACUUUCGCAUCCUGAGGCCCUUGUCAAGGACGCAUGUGUGGCGGGUGUAGACAACGGACGUGGCGACGGCAGCUUAUUUCCUCGGGCAUGGGUAGUGCUUUCAGAAAUAGGGAAACGCCGCGAUAAGAGCGCAGUUUUGCAGGAACUUGACGCGUUCGUGAAGAGCAGACUAUCGAGACAUAAGCAUCUGGCUGGCGGGAUUGAGACUGUCGAGUCGGUGAGUGCUGAUUCCACCAUCUUGGAUUCUAGGCUACUAAUAGCACUUGGGGGCAAAGAUCCCACGAACGCCGUCUGGCAAGAUGCUGCGACGUGA